AAAACAAACGUCAUGGUUCGACUAUUGUGUCGUAGUUGGCCUUCAAGUCACUCAGCUUUGUUUGCACGCGAGUACCGUCAUCUUUGCUCACCUACUUGUUGACCCUAUGAGAGAAUAUAUCACAAUCGUUACAGACGUCAUUUUUUUUGGGAACUAAAUAGAUCAAAUCUGGCAAUGCUAAACCUUAAGUGCAAGUAUGGUGGAUUUCCUGCAAGGUUGGGUUAAGUAGCGGAUCUGUGGACCCUUCUUGAGCAAUCUUCGCCUCAAGUUGGAUUUCGCCGCAAUGACCGAACCUUUAGAACCGUCGGCUGGGAGGAGAAUGAAGGCCCGGGCCCCACCACCACCAGCGCCCCCUCGUCAUAUUUUUGCAAACAGUCUGCCUGACGCAGGCGGGACACUAGGCAUGGAGUCCAAAGAGAACAUAAUGAGACAGACUGUGGAGUUCCAAUUGACUCUACCCCAGGGAUACCAGACAUAUGUAACAGAGGAUGGGAGUAAGCCGCUGAUGGACUUGCUGGUUGACCUGUGUAGCCGCUACCAUCUAAAUCCAGCACUGCACACCCUGGACCUCUUGUCGCCUGAAGGCCACUCGUUGGGGUUCAAACCCAACCUGUUGCUGGGCUCCCUCAAUGUGGCCGGUGUCCUCAUCACGGAGAAAGUCUGCGAAGAGAAAGUGGUGCGCAGACCGGCACCGAAAGUUCCUGAGAAAACAGUGCGUUUGAUGGUGAACUAUCACGGCACCCAGAAGGCAGUGGUACGGGUCAACCCACUGGAACCCCUCCAGGCCCUGAUACCAGUCAUCUGUGAAAAGUGUGAAUUUGACCCUUCAUGUAUCCAGCUGCUUAAGGACAGCAUCAGUCACCAAAAGUUACCGCUGGAUCAAUCUUUAACACAGCUGGGAAUUAAGGAGCUCUAUAUUCAUGAUCAGAGUCUAGUUCUACAGCCUAAAAUGGCUUCAACGCCAGCUCUAAACUGUUCAGACACCAUCUACUCGAGCACUAACAGUUUGGACAGGGGGAGUAAGAAAGGUCUUUUGGGCUUUCUCCAGCUUGGCAGGAGGAAAUCCAAGACAGACAGCACAUCUUUGGGCAUGGAUGACACUAAUGAUAAAAUAAUCCAGAAUGAAGAGCAAAGAUCCGCACUAUCAACAGUUCAAGGUGUUCCCAACAAAGUGGACCAACCUAGCACCGUUGGCUCAUCUCACUCAGUGAUGAACGAUUUCAGGACAUCACCGAAGUGUGACACCAAAAAGAGGAGGGCACCAGCACCCCCUCCAGGGUCCCUGACCUCAACGAGAAACAGUCUUUUGGAGGGUUGUCAUAUGGGCUCUGUGUCAGAAAGCCAGCAGAGGAAACGAAGGGCUCCAGCCCCCCCUUCGAGCCUGGAUUCCAUCACCUCUUAUGAUGCAUCUCCUUCUGCUACUCCCACCCCUGAUAGCCAAGCAAGUGAAAAACAUUCUCCAGGCUUCCGCACAAAGAUAUCAGAGUCAACCACAAUCUCUUCCUCCUCUGUAAAAAGAACAGGGAAGCCCCAAUCCCCAAAGAUCGAUGUUCAACCUCCAUCUCUUCCUACUCUUGCGCUUAGCAGCACCUCCCCAACGCCAAGCAGUAGCACUGCUGACAGCCAGGUUCUUCAGGACUCUAGCUCUGAACUCAGCCAUAGCCUUGACUCCGAUCUUGACACAGAUGAUUCAGUUUCCCAUUAUAGCUCCCUCACCAGCAGUAAUGCAAGCGGAUCAGUGCAUAACAAACCCUUCACAAAAAGACCUACUACCAAAAUUAAGCAGUUAGAUGAGGUUAGCAGUGGGAUGGGUAAACUGGAAAGUGGGCCUGCUUUGAGCAGGAUUUCCAGGACAGAGCGUGAAUCGGUCCUGAACCUUACACCGGAUGAAGUUGAGAAGAACAGAGACAGCACAAUGGGAACAACUGGUUACCCAGCGCCACCCAAGCCCCGUCGUUCACCAGCCUGGGAGAACCCUACCUUAGCCACCCCUUCACUUGAACCUACAGAAAGCAGUGCCUCACAGCGCACCAUGGAAGAAGAAGAAGAUGCUUCCCAGUCUUGGCUCCAUUCUAUGAACUGCAUUGGAGCCAAUGUCCAGGCCCCUGAAACUUUGUCCCUGGGAAAUAGCAGCAUUGACAGCAGUCUACCAGAUCAAGGUUAUGCCGCUUCUGAGGGAAUGGUAGAUGGUGAGCGGUCAGCCCUGGUGAGCUCCCCAUGUGACAUCCAUCACACAUCCGCAGAUAGGAAUUUGUAUUUGGAGAGAAGUUCUGUAGGCAAAAGAGAGCGAUUGCCUGUCCGAGACAUUUCCAGCGACAGUGAUGAAGGAUGUACCACCUGGGGAUCAAAUAACAGUUGCAGUCAAAGCAACCUCCAGGCAAAGUCAAGGAAUAUAAAUACCUUUGAAGAGAAAUACAAAUGGCUCCAUCAGAUGAGCCUGGAAGCAGACCUUUCAGUGAUUCAUGAUGUGCCUGUGGUGGACAUGAAUGUCCCGGUCACUGCCAUAGAUGAAAUACUGGAAGACUAUAAACCUCUUGUCGAAGACAAAAAGGCAACAGUACUUGCUGGGAUGAAGUUAACGGAUCGUAACGAUUCAGAGAGUACUUCAGAGUGGCGCAACAAAAACAAUAAUGCUUACACAGCUGCUUCCACUACAAAAAGUAGUAUUCAGAAUGCUAAUCUUGAUCAGCAUAGCAUCCCACUGGGAAAUAGGUCAAGUGGGUAUACAAAGGAAAAGAAAAAUGAAGAUCUGAAAGACGAUACGCAAAGACUGUCAACAGUGAAACCUUGCAAUUCCCCGGAACACAGCAAAAGCACGAUAACUCACAGAUCUGAUAUCGUCACAAAGAGUAACACUCAUCGUUUACACGAGGACGGUGUUGUCCUGCCCCGAGCCAUCCAGAGGUCAUUGUCCACAGAAAAAGUAGAUACGAACAGUGUUCACCAAAAUAACUCCAGCUCAAAUACGUUGCCUAGGAAAGUCACUUGCAACCCCACCUCUCGAUUUGGUAUGAAAACAUUCACUGUUGUUCCUCCCAAGCCUUCUGUCAUGCAAGGUGGAACGCAAAAUGCGUCUGCCAAAUCAACUGCUAGUGCUAUUAAAAUUGAUGAGCAAGGAAAUAUUAUGAAAUCGUUUGAUCACCACAACCGAGUAGUUGAUGCAGCAGAAUCAGGAAUUACCAGAAGUGAGGAGUGUCCACUUGUCGAAAAAGCCAAAGCCUUUUGGAGCUGUAGUGAAAGACAAGAACGUGCUCUUCCUUGUAGCUCAGGUGUGACUGACAAGGCCAAGGGGAGCUUUGAAAACAUUAAAAAUACUCGCAAUGCCGUAACUCCAAUGAACACAGACAGACGAGAAGUCUUGAAAACACAACACACAAUUAUGAAUACUGCAGUCAGCGCUGCGAUGAAUAGUGCAAAUGAGCCACAAGCAAAAAUGGGUAAAGAUGUUUCAGUAUAUGAAAGAAUUAAGCAACCACAACCAACACUCCGUUCAGACGUUCCUGCCUUCCUCAAACCAGCCAGACGUACUUCCAGCCAGUAUGUGGCAUCUGCCAUCAAUAAAUACGCCCCAAGGACAUCAAAAAAGCCCAACAUUGCGUCUGCUCCUUCCCAGUCUUCUUCUUCAACGCAAAAUGUUGCCUUCCAUUCACUGGGCCACUCCAUACAAGUCAAUCCACGCCAGUCCUCCAAGAUAUCAUUGACAGAUAAUAAGUUAAAUAACACUAGUCUUUGCCAUACUUUUCCUGCGAGGUCUAUGAGCUUCCCUGGAUUUGUGUCAGAAAGCCAGAGAGAAGUUAGAGAAGACAAGGAAGGAAAUCAUGAAUCCAUCAACGGAAGCUCACGUUCACUAGGACCAGUAUCAGACAGAAUUAAACACUUUCAGUCAAGUGCUCCCACUCAAAUAUCUUUAACUGAACACGAUACUCGAGAUGGUAAGGCUAAUCGGUGUGGAAGCCCCAGCCCAUCAAUCAGCUCUUAUCAACAAUCAACUGCCAAGCCCAAGACAAAGCAAGCAAUGCCAGAACCUUCACGAAGUAUGUCAGAAAACAGUGUUCUCCCUGGAUCUUCACGUAGUAUGUCAGACAGUGGUGUCCUCCCUGGAGCUCCACCUGGGAACGUGUUCGGACCAGUUAAAAAGUUUAAGCCAGUAGUGUGUCGAUCUGUUGAGAAAGAGACUUGUCUGCACAGUAACCUAAUGGAGGCCAUCCAGGCAGGAGGAGGCAAGGACAAGCUUAGGAAGAUCUCUUCAUCUGGUGCCCAAAGUGCGAAAGAGGCCUCUCCUGACGAGAAUGAGAGGGCUGCUCUUCUUUCCGCUAUUAGAGCCCAGAGCAACACUGGCAGGCUGAGUAAGACCAAAUCUGGUGCUUCUGAUGAGUUAGAAAAGUUCAGGUCGGCUUCAAAAGAGGACCAAAGGCCAGACACUUCCUGUUCUCCCUCACCAAUUUCUUUGACUUGCCCUUCUCCUGUCUUUGCAACAUUUCCACCACAAUCCACGAUAGCACCUUCUCCUCGUCCCGUGCUCUUGCACCAGUCUAAGCCAACCACUAUGGAUCCUCCAUCCGCCUUGGCCAGGGAAGCGAUCAUGGAGGCCAUCCGCUCUGGAUCUGCUGCUGAAAGGCUAAAAAAGGUUGCAGUGCCCACAAAGACAGUCCAAGUGAAUGGCAGGCUCAGAAAAGUGCAUGCAACGUCCCCCAAUCAUCCCUAGGAAUAAACACACCACUAAAAGUAAAACAUUUCCCAAAUUCUUUGUUGGUUGUGUUUUACCGCAGAGCUUUGGAGAUUUAAAACACUGGUCAUGUUCAGUCAAUGUUAGCGAUCUUUAUGCAUGAUGUAAGGCGGAUAUAAGAGGGGGAAAAAACAUUUUGCAUCUUAUAAAGUUCUUGACAGCACUUAUAUGACAACAUGACAGGAAAUUGUUAUUUUGAGUGUAGUUUUGAAUGCCGUCCUACCGGAGGAAUGUUUUGUUGCACACACUUGUCUGAUAUAAGCUGUCGCAGGUGAAAGGUAUGACUCAUUUCAUUUGUACAACCAGAGCUAUUUGUCUGCUCACUCCUGGCGGCCUUUGGGGAAAUUGUGUCCAUCUCGAUAAAACAACAACUUGCUUGCUAUCUUUACUCUAGCUUUUGGGGUUUUAAUUGAAGCGUUCUACAAAAAUAAGUGCCAAUGAAAGCAACAUCUUUCACAUGGUUUGUGCUACUUCCAUAGCCUGUUCUUUUGCUCUGCUUGUUUUAUUUUUGUUUACCACAGCUGAGACUUGGAUGCCUUCUAGUGUUGUGUUGCUCAGUGUUAUGUACAAAAAUGUUUUCUGUUAGCAUUCCAAAUGUCGUGCAAUACGUUCAAGUUAGUAUAUCCCGAUUUAAUAUACUGCACACAUUGAAAUACAUUUGAAAGUGUAUUUUCUGUUGAUCUGGUAAAAACUGCCAACUUUUUCACUAAUGCUAGUGUGGAGGAUGGUUUUGACCCACGCAGUGCCUUUUUGCUUAUGAUGCUUCACUUUUGGCUUCUAACUUUUGAUUUGUGUUGCUGUUUAACACAAAUGGCUUCAUGCACGUAAUUGUUCAGCAGGGAUGUUAUACAGAGACACACUGUGUAUCGGACAAGAAAGGUAGCUUACAUUUGAUGUUUGCAUUCACUUUUGUUGUUAAAAAAGUAGCCUACACAAGGAAAUGUCGGCUGCACAGCACAGAAAUUAUUGAAAACACCACAUUACUUAUAUGUACUGGCUUUGCAAUAUUCAUGUCGUGCAACACGGCACUUUUAGGAAACUAGAAGCUUGUAGUGUGUUUCUGUUGCUGCAUUUGAUACCUCUAUGAAAAGUUUACAGUUUGGACGAGCUGUAUUGGAUUUAGGAAGAGUCAAUUGCUGCCAUUAAUAUGAAUUUGAAUUCUAUGUUUAUACUGAAUAAGUUUCAGAAUGACAACACUUAAAGUGUCCAUUUGCAGGUGUAAAUGCUUGCUGCUGUUUAGUAAAUGCUUGCUGCUGUGUAAUAAAACGAGUGAAGAGAUUUGAACUCCUAGUUUCAUAGAUUAUUUUAUGCUCUGCAAUUUUUCAAAAUAAGAUUUGUCAAGAGAGUACACAAACCUGAUUCUAUUUUUUAAUUGUUUUACUAAAAUGUGUUAUUUUCCUAUUUUGCUGGAUGAUUUGACUGUCACACAAUAGACCACAUUUCACAGUAGCGUAUAUUGUAUAUUUUGUAAACAAAUGAUGAUCACUAUGGCUCUAGUUUUGUAUUAUCAGACACUCUUUCAUCUGAUGAUAAGAGAUUCCUACAAGCCACUACAUUUGACUUUUUUCCCCAAACGAGAUUGCACAAUGAUUUUGUCUACCUAAUUUUUGAUUGAAUAAAUAUUUUUUGUAAUUGCA